AUGAUAUCUCUACAGACAUCACUGGAACUUGCUGAAAAGACAACCAUAAAUCAAUCAAAUUCAGUCCAUUCAAUUCGGUAUAGGUCUCCAAAUGGACUCAGAUCACAAAACAACCAAAAACCAAAUUCAAAUGACAUUUUAUCUGAAAGGGUAUUGAAAUCUGUUUUCCCUUUAUCAGAUAAUUCAUCUUCAAGGUUGGUGAAGAACUCCGAUAAGCAACGAUAG